AUGGGAGACAAGGCGAGAGAUGCAGAGCUUGUCAUGACCUCAUUCUGGGCUCCGUUUUUUCUGGUGUACCUUGGCGGUCCAGACACCAUUACAGCAUACUCCUUGGAAGACAAUAUGCUGUGGAGGAGGCAAGCUAUAACAUUGGUUAGCCAAGUGUUUGUAGCUAUCUAUGUCAUCAUCAGAGCCUGGGCAAACAAGGCGAUUAAUUUUCUAACAAUUCCGAUGCUGAUUCUCGGGAUAAUCAAGAUUGGGGAGAGAAUCUGGGUGCUGAGGUCUGGGAGCAGUGAAAAUUUCAAAGCAUCCAAACUCCUAACUCCUGAUCCAGGCCCCAGUUAUGCCAGAUACAUGGAAGAAUACAACUCUAAGAAAGAGGAGGGGUUCGAGGUUAUGUCAGCAACAUUGGUUGAACCUCAGGUUGUACCUCGUAUUUCAUUUCCAGUCCCAGCAAAUGCGAAGAUUCCGGAUGCAGCCUCUCUACAAUGUGCCCAUACAUUGUUCAAGACAUUCAAUCAGCUAUUUUCUGAUCUCAUCCUCAGCAUCCAAGAUAUAAAGAACAGCCAAUCCUUCUUUCGCGAUGUGACUUAUAAUCGAGCUUUCCAGGUGAUUGAGAUGGAGCUAGGAUUCAUGUACGAUGUGUUUUAUACGAAGGCUUAUAAAGUUUAUUCUCCAAUGGGUGGUGUUUUUCGUCUUAUCAGUUUCUCUUCUACAGUGAUUGUAUUUUUGCUUUUCGUGAUCGUCGUUGACAAGGACGCAUACUUGAAAGAUGACAUUAGCAUCACUUAUGUAUUGCUGGAUGGAGCCAUCGUCUUCGAGAUAUAUUCGGUGUUGAUACUGCUUAAUUCAGACUGGUCAAUGCUAUGGAUGAGUAACCGAAAGAAUGCAAUGGUGAAUUUCCUGUAUAAGGCCAUUUCAUCAAUCCCAUUAUUAUUGGCUCCAAACAGGAGGUGGUCUAAUACUUUGGGGCAAUACAACCUAAUAAGAUAUUGCCUUAAACAUAAGCCAGCCAAGUGCGGUGCUAUGCAGAGGUUCUUAUUCCAUUAUGAGUUGUUAGAGAAGCAUCGAUACCAAGAAUCAGAAGAUGUUUCUGACCAUAUGAAGAGUUUGAUUUUUGAGCAACUUCUAGAGAAAUUAAAGAGUGUCUCAGAUCUCAAGGCUUGCACGGAAUUAUGUGAUUGUAGGGGUGACUGGGUUCUUAAAAAUUCAAAAUGCCCUGCUUGCAUCGACAAAGAAAAGCGUUCAAAACAGCAUCAAAGCGUUGAGGCUGAUUUUGACGAGAUUCCACAGAAUCCAAAAUGUAUUUAUGAGCUAAACCAAGAAAAUCUUACAAUACUCCAAGAGAGUGUUGAGGUAGAAUUUGACCAAAGCAUUCUUCUCUGGCAUAUUGCAACCAACCUUUGUUAUCAUUCUGAUUGGAACACAUCCCCAGACUCGGUUAAAGCUUCAAAUUGUGAAGCCAGCAAAUUGUUAUCUGACUAUAUGUUAUAUCUUCUAGUCAUGCGUCCUAUCAUGCUGCCCAAUGGGAUUGCACAAAUCAGGUUCCAAGACACAUGCGCCGAGGCCAUUGAAUUUUUUGAAGAAAGAAAAUCUAUAUCUAAUGAGAACCAAGCUUGCUUAAAGUUACUUGAAGUGAACACCGAAAUUCUUCCAUCUGUGGUUAAAGGAGAUAGAAGCAAGUCAGUGCUUUUCGAUGGAUGUAGGCUUGCUAAAUCAUUGCUAUACUUGGAGACUCAAAAGCAGUGGGAAUUGAUAAGUCAUGUAUGGGUGGAAAUACUAUGUUAUGCUGCGACUAAGUGUCGAUGGAACCAUCAUGCUCAGCAGCUCGGUCGAGGCGGAGAGCUACUCACUCAUGUAUGGCUUCUUAUGGCGCAUCUUGGUAUAACUGAGCAAUUUCAAAUUUCCAAGGGCCAUGCAAGGGCUAUCUUGAUUGCGAAUUGA